ACUGGUGGCGUGGCCCCUAGCCUUUGGGUCAUCCCUGGCUUGAAGGUGGGGUUUCACUGGGGACCCAGCUCUUCCCGCCCGGAAACCUCUUAGCCUCCUACCGCCAUCAAUAUACCGGCUGCGGUGCCCAGGCUGUCCACGCUAAGGGGUGCCUACAGGCCCAUGCCGAGCCACCCUCAGCCCCGCAGCCUCCCUCACGUUCUCGUUAGGGCCCAGAGUCUGGAGGGGGCUGAGGCGGCUGGAGGCUGGUAUGUCAGCAGCCCUAUAUCACGCACAUGUCUGUCUGGGUCGCAACAGUUCCCCGGGCUCAGCCACAACUUUGCUUCACACCAAAGAAAGCCCUGGGAGCAGGGAGAGGCCAGGGAACAGGAGCAAGCACUUCGUAGCCUGCAAGGUCAGGGUGUUUCCCAGGCCCGCAAGAGCACAGGGCUGCCCAGGUCCAGAGCCACAGCUGGGCCGCUGCAACUGCACCUGGGAGCAUGGUGGGAGCAUGGUGCUCGCGCCCCGCCAGCUCUGUAAGGUGCAGGGUUCUUGCCUGUUUCUGGCUCCGGCUGGUUCUGUGAAGCACGCAGGCCGGACUGCACCUCCCCCACUGCAGCUGGCGCUCUCGCAGUGGCCACUCCAGAGGGGCCACCACUGCCAUCAAAAGUUUGCUGUAUCACUCAGGCUGGAAUGCAGUGGUGCAAUUAAAGCUCACCAUGGCCUUGAACGCCUGAGAUCAACAGAUAUUCCUGACUUAGCCUCCCCAGUAACUAGGACCACAGGAAAAGUGACAUGGCUUAACAUGACAGCUACUGGUCAAAUUUCAUCAUAUUUCUUGCUGUAUUUCCAAACACAGAUUACUUACUUUGUGGACUCCAACUGCUAUCUCAUAAAGACACUUAAGCAGCAAUGUGGAGAGGUACACCUGAAAAGUAACAGAAUCCUUACGUCAGUAAUCUGCACUAAUUUGCCAGACAUAAACAAAAGAAAGACCAUGUGAAGACAUGGAGAAGACAGUCAUCUACAAGCUAGAAAGAGAGUUCUCAGAAGAAACUCACCUUCCUAACACCUUGAUCUGGAACUUCUAGCCGGCAGGACUAUGAGAAAAUAAAUUUGUAAUAUUUAAGUCAUCCAGUCCAUGUUACUUUGUUAAGGCAACCCUAGAAAACUAAAACACCUGAUCCUAUCUGUUUCAACAUCUCCCAUUAUACACAGGCCAUUAUUUGAUAUUGAUUAAGAACAGAGAUCUUCCAAAGGUAAGCUAUUGAACUGUGCAACAAUGAUCAAUUAUUUCAGUAGAAUACUAAAUUGUUAAUAGAUCUCCUGGUUUGGAAGCCAUUAACCAUCUGUGAAUGAAACAAUAUGUAAUGAAAUUUGUUACAGUUAACUGUGGUGUGUUAAAGUUCCAUGUAUUUACAGACAGGAAAAUGGAUUGAGCUAUAAGAAAUAAAACUAUUGAAAUGUC